CUCUUGUCUCGUCCUCCCAAACAAUAAUACGACACCGCUUCACACGCUCCAAAAAAAAAAAGAACUUGCUUCUUCGUCACUCCGCCACUCCGCCACGGUAGUAAACCCAGCAAAAACUCUCUUUCAACAAAAGUAGAAAGUAAUUGAAUUAUUCGUUUUUAAUUUUCAAAUUUUGUUAAAAAUCCUUAAAUUUUUAAUUCUUUUGUUUUUGUUUUUUCUUUUUCGACACUCUGCGGGAGUGAUGGGUUGUUCGCAAUCAAAGAUCGAGAAUGAAGAAGCGGUUACCCGCUGCAAAGAGCGGAAGCAAUUUAUGAAAGAAGCGGUUGCCGCGCGAAACGCUUUCGCCGCUGCUCACUCCGCCUAUGCCAUGUCCUUAAAAAACACUGGCGCUGCCUUAAGCGACUACGCCCACGGCGAGGUCCAGAAUGCCAACCUCCCUUCUCACCCUGGGCCAUUGAUCGUGGGACCUUCCCUGCAACCGCCUUCGGUCGACAAACUCUUCCCUCCGCCGCCUCCUCCCGGGAGCAUUGCCGGCGAUCCGGGGGUUCCGAUCCAACGGUCGGCUAGUAUGCCCAUACAGAUGCCGUUGAAUGGGAAGCAAAGGGAUACGUCGACGACCACGAUCGCGGAAGAUGAUGAGGAGGACGAUGACGUGGAAGCAAAUAGUUCGUUGGUGAAGCGAAGAUCGCGGAAUUAUAGGGGAAGUGGUAGUGGGGGUAGGAGUAGGAGGGAAGUGGUGGAGGAAGCCGAGGAGGUGGAGGAAAUGGUGACAUCGACAACGGUGCACGCGCGUGCAAUGCAAUCACAGCCACCCCAGGAUUCGACUUACUAUUACUUCUUUCCCACGGAAGAUAGUGUUCCUGGACCAAGUUUAGGGGAGGUGGAAGAAGUGAGGGUGGAGAAUAGGGAGGUGGAAAGGAAGGUUUUUGAGGAAAGGCCGAGAAGAGUUGAGGAGGAGGUGGUGGAUGAGAAGAUGAGGGAGGAGGAGGUGGUUGUGGAGAGGGGACAGAAGGCGUCGGUGGAGGCGGAGAAAACGCUAGCGUCAAUGGCUGGGGUAGGGAAGGGGAGCAAGAAGGGUGGAAAAGUAGGGGUUGGUAGUACAGGGGAGAAGAGGCCGGUGAGGGGGAGUUUUAAUUUGUUGCAGGUUUUUACUCAACUUGAUGAUCAUUUCUUGAAGGCCUCAGAGAGUGCUUAUGAGGUUUCGAAGAUGUUGGAGGCUACUAGGUUGCAUUAUCACUCUAAUUUUGCUGAUAAUCGAGGACACAUUGAUCACUCUGCGAGAGUAAUGCGUGUUAUUACUUGGAAUCGGUCAUUUAGAGGAUUAAAAGACAAUGCUGAUAAUGUGAAGGAUGAUUUUGAUUCAGAGGAGAAUGAGACUCAUGCCACUGUGUUGGAUAAAAUGCUUGCAUGGGAAAAAAAGCUUUAUGAUGAAGUGAAGGCAAGUGAGCAUAUGAAGUUUGAGUACCAAAAGAAGGUUGCCACUCUAAACAAACUAAAGAAACGAGGUACCAACUCCGAGGCACUUGAAAAGGCAAAAGCGGCAGUAAGUCAUCUACAUACCAGAUAUAUUGUCGACAUGCAAUCCAUGGAUUCAACGGUUUCAGAGAUAAAUCGAUUGCGAGAUGAACAGCUAUAUCCAAAACUUGUUCAGCUUGUUAAUGGGAUGGCGACAAUGUGGGAAAACAUGAAAGUUCAACAUGACAGCCAAUCUAGGAUUGUCACAGUCCUGAGAGAUAAUCUGGACCUCUCUCAAUCCCCUAAGGAAACAAGUGACCACCACCAUGAGCGUACCAUCCAGCUGUUAGCAAUUGUGCAGGAUUGGCACAUGCAGUUUUGUAAGCUUGUAGACCACCAGAAAGAGUACAUAAAAGCCCUGAACUGUUGGUUAAGGUUAAAUCUCGUUCCCAUUGAAAGCAACCUGAAGGAGAAAGUUUCUUCACCUCCAAGGGCUGAAAAUCCCCCUAUUCAAUGGCUUCUCCUUGCUUGGCAGGACAAGCUUGAAAACCUUCCAGAUGAGAUUGCAAGAAGUGCCAUUAAUAACUUUGCUCACGUGAUAGAUACUAUUAUGCAGCAUCAAUUAGAUGAAAUGAAGAUGAAGGAAAAAUGUGAGGAAUCUCGGAAGGAGCUUCUGAAGAAGCAACGACAAUUUGAGGAUUGGUACCAUAAGUACACGCAGCGAAGAACACCAGAGGAGUUGGAUCCAGUGGGGACAGAAGACAACCCUAACAAUGAUCCUGUUGCUGAAAGAAAGUUUAUGGUGGAUUCAGUGAGGAAGAGGUUGGAAGAAGAGGAAGAGGCCUACCAGAAGUUAUGUAUUCAGGUGAGGGAGAAGUCUUUGGUGAGUCUUAAAACUCGCUUGCCAGAGCUCUUUAGAGCAAUGACAGGUAUUGCGGUUGCUUGUUCAAGAAUGUAUGGAGAGUUAAGGUUCAUAUCACUUUCAAAGAUUCCAAGUCAUGGCUCAUAGAAGUGGUUGUAUGUUUAUGUAAUUUUCUUUCUAUGUAUAAUGUACUUUUAUGUGCUUUUUAUAGAUAAAAUCGUCCAACAGAAAUGUAAAGGACAAACUCUAAUGGGUAUUUAUAGUCAACACUUUGAUGUGAUUUUUAAUAUAACAAUAGAUGUCAUAAGUUCACUGUUAUCAUAAGUGUUGUGAUGAAAUGGAUGAAUUCAUAUUUUUCUGUAAUGGAUUGCUGUUUCUGGCCUUCCAAAACCUUGUUCUUUUCCCAGUUAGGCUAAGAAUGAAGAAUGAAACGAAUUCUUCUUUGAUCGACAACAGGGCAACUCAAAGCCAUGCUUUCUUUCAGCACCUCUGCAGUCUCUUUCACACAAAGCUCCCUUCCCAGGAAAGGAAAAAAGAACAGAAAAUAAAUUGCAUUCAAGAUAUUGUUGUUUUCCACCAGUUGUUUGCCAUGUGGAUGGAUUAAAGCCAGCUGUUGUCACAAAAGGAUUGAGGUUUCAAUGUUUUUUCUUGGUGGAAAUGAUAGGAUUGUGUUGUCUGGAGCUGUUUGCACUAGGGGGUUGCCAGAUGAUGGUUGUCUGCUAUCUUUAUAUGAAUGUGCUCUUGUUUUACUCCCAUGUGAAAUUUUAUUACCCAUAUUUGUCCUAUCUUUGUUGGUUGCAAAUUUCUAACGUCACCUCUGUAGUUUAUGCAAAUGUAGAUCAAUCACCCCUUUACUUUCCCCUAACUAAUAAGAUUAUAGAAUGAAGCUAUUCAUAUGUUAUAUUAGUAUAAUACCUUUGCCUAUUUUUUUUAGUGGAAGGAGAUUUUUGGGCUUUGGUCAAUAUAUCCUCUCUCCAAGCUAGUCAAGCAAGCUUAUUUA